UGGGAAGAUGGCGGCCGGCAGCAGCAGCGGCGCUCCGGGCGCUCCGUGCCGGCACCACGCACAGCUGGGAGCCUGCGAGUCGCGGGCCAAGUACCGCGAGGGGUGGCGGCCGCGCGCUGUGAAGGUUUACACUAUCAACUUGGAAUCUCGCUAUUUACUGAUACAAGGAGUUCCUGCAUUAGGUGUUAUGAAGGAAUUAGUUGAACAAUUUGCAUUAUAUGGUGCCAUUGAAGAAUAUCAUGCUCUAGAUGAAUAUCCAGCAGAGCAAUUUACUGAAGUGUAUCUUAUAAAAUUCAAAAAACUCCAGUGUGCAAGGGUGGCCAAGAAAAAAAUGGAUGAACGAAGUUUCUUUGGUAGUUUGCUGCAUGUGUGCUAUGCUCCAGAAUUUGAAACAGUCCAAGAAACUAGAGAGAAGCUGCAGGAUAGAAGAAAGUAUAUAGCAAAAGCAACAAAUCAAAGAGAUUGCUUUAUAUUAAAGAAAGUAGAAGGCCCUAAGAAGACAGUCUCAAAGAACUCUGAGCAAGACUGUCCAUGGAGUACAUCGGGAUCACAUGUAGCCAGUAACUGGGAUCCAUCCUGCUUUACAAGUUCUCCUGGGGUAUCCCACAACAUAGCAUAUCCAUCUGGGAAUCAGGAUGAGAGCCUGUUAACAUCUCCACACUAUGAUAACAAUUGUACUCAAGUUCCUGGGUACUUUGGUCAAAACAUCUCUUUAACUCCAAGUGUACAUCCAGGAGGACAUACUCCACCCGCUUCCUUAAUGCAGCAAAGAAUGGUUCCAGCUUACAAUGGAAUUGACAGGUUUAUGCCUCGUACAACUCAUCUACAAGAACGUAAGAGGAAGAGAGAAGAAGGUAACAAGUUUUCCCUCAUUGGAACAAGUGAGGACAAUACUGAAGUUGUUAUUGGUCCACAACUACCAGAAAUACCUAAAGUGGAUAUGGAUGAUGAGUCUUUGAAUACUUCAGCUACAUUAAUUCGAAAUAAACUGAAAGAGGUAGCAGAUUCUGUUUCAACGUCUGUGGAAAAGCCAGAGAGCAGCUCAGCCAAACCACUUGUAAAGCAGAGAAGAAGAAUAUAGAUACUGCUGGCAGCAUCUU